AUGGGGGUAUCACUCGACUCCAUGCCGCCAGAGAUUCUGGUGAACAUUUGCAAUUGCUUGUACGACGAUGACUGUGCUGGCAGCCUGGCAGCCUUUGCUCUGGCAAGCAAAAGGAACCACUCCAUGGCCAAGUACCCUCUGGCCCGCACCAUCAAGUUCAAACUGCGCCCGGAAACAACCAAAGGCAACAAUCCGCUGCCCAAGCUAGUUGAAAGGCACAUCGACAAGCUUCGCAGGAAUGGCACCUUCGCCUCGGUGCGGCGUCUUGUGAUAGACCGGAUUCCGCCCCGAAAGAAGCUGUUCCGACCCAAGCAAGAAUCGGAACGAGAGCAGUCCCUCCUGUCGUCUUUGGAAAUGCUCGGGGAAGACGAUAGCAAGCCGGAGAGCUACAUCACAUACCACUACGAUCACCUGUACGAUGACGAGCGGCUGAAGAGGCAUGAGCACAAUCGCGACCAACAUUACUGGGCGUCCUUAGCCCACCUCAUCACCCAGUUGCCUGGCCUGACGGAUCUUCUUUUUGCUGUUCGUCGCCAGUUCCCGCGUUGCAUGCUGCAAGCGGUGCACAGCACAACUCCUCAAUGCAGACUUCACCUGCGAUACUUUCGGCUCCACAGCGUUCUCGACGAACGUCUUGAUCCCUACGACAUUGAGCUAGCUAGCUCUCCGUGCCUGCACAGCAUUCAAUGCAGUUAUCCGGACUGGGAUGAAGAGCUAAGUGUUUACGAACGAGAGGAAGAAGACGGAGAGCCGUAA